AUGGAUGUAUUUGUCAAGAAGCUGACACCAAGAGCCGGCUCUGACGUGUCGUCGAAUGCAAUCUCUGAUGCUGAGAUAGAUGCCCCCCCAUUGAAGCGAUUGAAGACGGAGGAAAUCAACUUCUUGGGCUCGGAAGAAUACGAGCAGUCUGUACUUGAUGAUGACGAAAAGCAGUCGACUGAAGAAAAGGGUUGGUUGUCUGCUGGUGUCCGAAACCAAAUAAAGAGAAGUACGGACGUUGAAAAUGCUUUGCCAGUGACGCAGCCAGACGAGGCAGCUCUUGAAGCAUACGAACAAUACAAAUUAUCCCAAGCAAGCGACAAUGAGGAAGCGCCAGAUGACAAGAAACCGCUAUGGACUAAGGGCAGAAGUUCAAUUUAUGUGGACGCCUUCAACCUGGCCCUGGACACAGUGCUCGAGGAUGAAUCAAGGCUUUUCGACAAGCGCGAGCUCAGCGUAUUCAGCCAAUGGAAGUCUUUGGAUUAUGAAGCGCAGUACUUGUAUGUGCGGCUUUUUUUAAGAAAGACGGCUGCUUGGCACAGAUCAUCCCGACUAGGCUACUACAACGAUAUCUCGAACCUUGAAGUGCCAAUUACUACACUGCAGCAGCUCAGAUGUCUUCCGAGUAGCCCAUUGCAGGAUGUUGCUACUAGUGAGGUUGAUGAAAUCGAGGUCGAAGAUGAGAGGCUCGGGUCUACGUUUACCUUUGCUGACACCUCCGAAACACUACUCACUGACAUGGAAGAGGCAGCGUCAUUGCUUUACUUGGACGAGCUGAAGACUCUUGCAAAAGAAACAAAGAUGCAAGGGCGAACGAAACCUGAAUUGAUUCGGAGCCUAUCGCAAGUGAGCCGGAAGCAGACUGGUCUCAUGGAUAUGGGACUCAGCAGACAAAACAGUCGCGAAUCAACGGGCUCAGAUGAUUCGGGCCGCUCAGUUGCGAAGCUAGAAAGAGAAGAUUCCAAACAGAAGAAUAUGUUCUUCUCCAAGGUGACAGAGAUUCUUGGGCCGUGCAUCCGACUUUCGUCUGUUGUGUUCAAGUUGUUCGAGAGGGUACAUCUCGUGUUUUACCGAUCGACAGAAUGGACCGAAAAGUCAUUGACGACUAUUAUCCUUGCCAAGAUUGCCCGCAGAAACUUUCCCGAAUACAUUGUCUGUCGUACCAGCACCAUAUUUGCAUCUCGGGAGCACCUUUUGGAAUUUGAAGCCGCGAUUCGGCUGGAAGCAGAAAUUGAUCUCUGCCUGGAAGGCAGUGGGGCGGUUUUGGACAAGGGAUGCAAACGGAUUCUUGAAAUUUUCGACAGCAUAUACCCUCGUUGGAAAAGGCUUCUGGAAGAAGAGAAGCACAAGGAGCAAACUGUUUAUGAGUUUGGAGAGGGAGCAUACUUGCGCCGCUUCAACCCAGGCCAUUCUUACACGCGCAUUCUUGCCAAAGCAGGCUUUGCGAUGGGAAAAUUUAAAGAAUACCAACGCGAGCACGAUUUACUGAAAGAGCUCCUGGGACAAAAAAUGUUUCAUCUUGCCCGCCGAGGCGAUUGGUAUCAGCGCAAAGCCUUGCUGGAAGAGAAUUACAUGGCCAAGUUGGGUGAGCCAUAUGCCGCAGCGGAGCUAGAGCGGCGAAAAAAAGAAUGGAACAAAACGGCGACUGCCACUUGUGAAAUGGCGCUUCAAGAUCCUGAUUGCCAUUUGACGUUCCACUUUGGCCUACAGAAGCGACUCGUGAAGUUAGAGAAGAAAUUGCGCAUACCAAAGCGACUCCAGCAUGAGUUUGGUCACGUCAAGUUGGCGAAGCCUCUGGAAAUUACGGUGCAAGGAAUUCAGCUCAAGCGAGAGACGGAACUCAAGCCGGGCAUCAUCGGCGUUCCUUCCAAAACCAUUUGGCUUGACGAACUGGAUUCGGAGGGUGAGUGCAGCGUUGAAGAGAUGUGUUUGAGCCACUUUCGUGCCAAGGGGUGGAAGGGUUUCCACUCCGAGGGUCGCAUCGUCAGAACGCUCUUUGCGUAUCUCUUUUACGACAUACUUUUUCUCUAUAUACCAAAUGUGUUCCAGACGGCUUUUCAGACAUGCCCUCUUGACUUGCACACGGACGUGUUUUUUCCUACAAGAGCGUCAGAAAUCAACCACAGGCUUGUCGAGAUUGAAAAUGGCGGCGCCGAGCACCUUGUCCGAUCAGUGUGGGAGCGCGAACACGAGCGACGGACAGCGGUCGUGGGACUCAACUGGGACUAUGAAAUUGAUGACCUGGUGGAGCUUGUGAGAUGCUUUGAUGGAGGCGCUCUGGCGGCAAUUUGCAAAGUCAUGGCACAAGAAUACAAGCAGAGGGGUGGCGGUAUUCCAGACUUGAUUCUAUGGCGCACCAAAGAUGCAGCUGAUGGUGGCUUGGGGGCGCGCAAGGGCGAGGUGAUGUUUGUGGAGGUCAAGAGUGAGAAUGACCGCUUGAGUGAGACGCAACGAGUAUGGAUCCACGUGUUGACCGCAGCCGGCAUCCAGGUUGCUCUUUGCAAUGCCGUCGCCAGAGAAGUUCGUGAAGUGGGCUGA